AUGGACUCCAGACCCUGUAAACUCCGAUGGAACCAAAAUACCAGUCGCUAUUCUCCAAUUUUGCUAAAAGCCGCACCUGUCAACCUUUUCUCGCGACGUGUGCGUCACGAUACUUCACAAUCACAUCGUAGAUCUCGGUCCGCUCUUUCGCAGACCACAUUUCAUUCAGAAGGAGGGUUUAGGGCUUCCCUCAUGGGUACAAUACUAGAUCCAUUCUCUUUUCACGGAGAGGGCGACAAGAUCUCGAACGCGAACGCUCAGAAUGACCAGGACGGAGCGAAAAUGGAAUGGCCCAAGCCUGCAGCCCAACAAAACAACAUCCUACGCGUUGAGCGAGAAGUAACAAAGAAAAUAGCAAUGUUGUCGACUCAUUCCAGCUGCCAAUCGCUAUUUCAAGAAGCAGAGCGACCGCCGACAGCGGGUAAAAAACCUCGCGCCGUCUUUGCCGAUUUGCAUACUGCCCAUAUUUCCAUAACAGGCUCCGCGAAGUCUCGCUAUCAAGGUCUCUCGCAAAACGCUCCUGCCCACAAUGAGGACGAUAGUUCAAUUCCGCUCAAUGACCUAUCGGCAUUCGACGACUCCUCGACUAAUUUGCUGCCAGUGCUUCCGCGUCCGGCUGCAGUUUCCGGCUUGCGACGUAGUCGAACCUCGGACAAUGAGAUCCUUCCUGAACCCAAACGACGAUCGAGGCGAGCUUCUUUUUUAGGUAAACUCUCUAGUAGCGGUGCCUCGUCCGCUGCGCAGAAUUCUUCAAGAGAUUUAAGCUCGAAGUCCACCUUUUGCACGUUGAAGAAUGCAAUCGCAUCUAUAACAGGAUCCGCAUCGGGAAAUGACUACUCUGUUCCAAAGACAGCCCCUCGCUGGCACAGAGGCAGUGCAGACAACAUUCCGGAAGAGUUGAGCAACAGAGGAGAGAUCUUGAAAUCCUCGAGUACACUUUUAUCUGUCAGGUCAUCGAGAUCGGCUUCUGAUUCGGAUCUUUAUCGAAGAUUUAUGGAUUCCCGGGAUUUGAGACCAACUGUGGAGUCAAAUGAGUCCUCGAAUUAUCACUCAGGUCUUGGUGGCCCUCCAUCAGACACCUUGCCACACGGGCUGGGUCGAUACAUUGGCCCUGAUGGCUAUGGAUAUCAUCAUUUCGUUCGGAACGACAACUCUCCCGUACGGGACGGAAGUACAGUUGGAAACAUAUACGCACAUUACCUGAGUGGUGAAGACACCGAUAGUUUGAUAGACGAGGAGGAAUCGCUUCGGUCUGAGUCGAGGGACAAGAUAAAUCGACGAGCCUCAAUUCAUGGUUUUCCAUCAAGUCCCCCAAUUACCAAGUCGAAGACCCAUUCCCGAAUCAACACACCUAGCAAAGCACCACCAAAUUUUUCAUUGCCACAAAGACCUCCAAAUCGAUAUCUAGGUGUCCAGAAUCUCGCACCAAGCAGCUCUCAAGCUAUUAGCCAUUCUUCGUCGUAUGGAGAUACUGGGGUUCUUCUUGAUGCAGCCAAAGAGCUGCGGGUCAUACCUCCAGUACCGCCUAGACUCGCGGCAAACAACCCAUUUAUUCAUCAAAAGGAGUUUAAUGCUGUUAGCGGCCCCCAAGUAGUAGUGUCUCCUGCAGAAAGUUCUCCCUCGCCACCCCAACCCUCACAUGCUACCAAGGACCAUAAUAGACUGCCGUUAGAGAAAGAAGUCAGUAGAGCGCUCAGGCGAGCAAGUGGAUAUAGUAAUUUCAGUAUCGGCAGCAUGUCAGAAGCUCCUCAGGAUCGUCACGAAGACCCACCUAGCGAAACGUCGACAUACCGUGCUAUAAAGUCUCUCCUGAGACGAAACAUUGAAAUUAAUCCCUCGUCCAUGACUGAUGAUUCAAGAGAUGUUACAGGUCAGCAAGCGGCUUCAACACAAUCAUUCUAUGAUAAACAUUCAUUGCCCUCGAGAUUUAUUUCGACUCAGCAGCAAACAGUAGUCCGAGUUCCCAUUACUCAUCUACCACUUGUAUCGCUUCCAGACUCGCCCCCAGACUCGCCACCUGGAGAUCUCGUCACCCCGUUCGGACGUAGACAGCUUACCUCGGAUGACCCUAACGAUUGGGAAACGGUUGGAGAGAGCGCAAUCGGAAGACCACUCGCGAACGACUUCUUGGGUGGGACGAUAGGUCGAGCUGGAAGUAGUAUUGCGAAUCUUUCAGACGAGGCUUCUGUUCGAGAGCUGGAUUCGUUCAACUCAUUUGAUAGAGUCACUCACCACCCUGGUAACAAUCAAUACUUUGGUGGCUACAGGCAAAGGGAUCUCAAAAAAGUUCACAUUCCUGUGCUCCUCCCAGUGUUCGGAGAGCACAAAGUAAAUGGCUAUUUAUCAGACUCCACCAGAACUCGACCGCCUCCGAACCCAUUUUACCAGACACCUCCACCUCUUUCGAGAAUUCACGAUAAUCCUUUCAAAUCCCCCGCUCCUUUGGUAUCUCCAAGUGCUAAAAAGCGACGCCAUCCUCGCUUCCCACCAUCGCGUGGAAAUGAAGAUGGGCGAGACAAUAACUCAGAAACUGAUACCGAAUGGAUGAACGAUUUUCGUGACCCUGGUCCAGUUACAAUGACAGAAGAAGUUCCAAGAACUGCUGCCUUUCGUAAUGCUAUUCCACAUGACGGCGCCGUCCACCAACUAGACCGUUCUUCCUCGAAAAGUGGCUCGGCCAUUAUGCGAUGGAGAAAUGAAAGUAGAGAAGACGGAUUUGUCGAGAUGCAAACGUUUGGCGGAAAAGUUGCAGUUGAAAAGAAGAAAAGUCGCAAUCCAAUCACCAAAAGGCCACCGGGAGCAUUUUAUUUUGGAUUGCGUACGGUUUCGAAAUCAAAAGGCAAGGGCACGAGUGGUUUAUAUCAACAAGAUAGAAAGACCAGGGCGCCAUUACGCACUGGCACUGUCAAGGACCAGCCAACCAACGUCCUUCGCCCAUUGUCUCUGCUAGCUGAUCGACGGCCGACAACGCCUACUGCUCAAAUAACGAGAGAUCCAAAUGAGCCAUUCGGUAACGAUUUCGUCUAUCGUUCCCCACUUGCACCACCGAGAAGCAAAAGUUGGUAG